GCUCCUUUAAGCGGCGCGCUUAAACCCCUCUCCUUGCGCACCAGCCCGAUUUCUUAACGUCCGUAUUUGUUUGUCAGAUGCUUAUUGAUGUCCCAUGUUCAGAGCUGGCUCAGGAACUCAGCCAAAGUCGUGUCGCAGUCCAGGGGCUCCAGAACACCCUCCAGCAGGUCCUUGACCAGAGAGAGGAAGCCCGUCAGUCCAAGCAGCUCUUGGAGCUUUACCUCCGGGCUUUGGAGAAGGAGGGCAGCAUCCUGUUGAAGCAGCAAGAGUCCAAAGCUGGCCUCGGUGAUGAGAGGGAUGCAGUUGACACGGGUACUGGAGAGAGCUCCUCCGAAAUUGCACUGACGAGCCAGAUCCUCACUGCGCUGAAGGAGAAACCCGCCCCAGAGCUGAGUUUGUCUAGUCAAGAUUUGGAGUUGGUUGCCAAGGAGGACCCUAAAGCAUUGGCUGUUGCUUUGAACUGGGACAUAAAGAAGACGGAAGCUGUUCAACAGACCUGUAAUCAGGAACUUAGCCUGCGCCUCCAGCAGAAUCGAAUCCCUGUCUCUGUCGAAGAAGCUGCUGUUAUUAAGAUGUGGGUCAUCCCUUCAGCAGGCGCUGUCAAUUCAAGGUGUUUACGCAUCUCCCAUGAGCUUACUGGUCUGACUUUCCGCUGAAAUGGUUUGCUGUCAGCACUGACGUAGGAAUGCUAUGAAAGGAUUUCUGUCGAAUGCUUAUGCCACAUCAAUUCUUCCUUAGCAGUUAAGGAUCUAUUCUGGUGACAAAU